CUUGUUGCGUGACUUGGAGUCCAACCCCACACGGAGAGCCCAUCAUCAUCACGAAGCGCUCCGGCUCGCUCUGUAUCUUUCGACUCUCGUUCUUGGAUCAUCGCAUUGUUACGCAAUUGAACUCCCGAGACGUCCCGGUCCGCGGCCACGUCGCGAGCCGAUCGCGCCCAAUCGCCGCCUCCGCUACGAGCUUCGCAAUCCCUAGUCUCGGGCCGCCUCUACCCAUCGCGACCCCUUUGUCCCGCGUCCGGCUGGUGGUCCAUCGAACCGACCGCCAAAGGUCGACGCUAGACAUCGCCAGACACCACUCCACGCUUCCACAUUCCCGCGCUAUCGAAACUUCGGUUCUCUUCGCUCGCUCCCGACGACAGAUGUCUUGCACGGUCGCUUCCCGUGCCGCGCUUUGAAUGUGGGAGAUUUGCGUCCUCGGCGCCGACAUCCCCAUCGCCCUCGCGCGCCAUCUUAACCGCAUCCCUGGAUCCAAGGAUCGCUGCCUCCUGACCACACCGCUGUCGCAAAGAUGGCGCCGGUUGGCGCGCCGAUGCAGCCCACCCUGCCCGCUCAAAAACUCAAGCGACCUGCGCCCCCAGGCAUCCAGACCAACGGCGCGACCCCCUCCAAGUCGUCGCCGUCACCCUCUCUCCAGACCAAGCGCCCGCCUUCUGCCGCAAAACAGAGUCUGGCCUCGGCGACCCCAAACGGCACAACCUCCCCCGUCAGCCGUCGCACGAACGGAAUACGCCGAGAUGCCCCGGGCCCCAUCUCGGCCCGGCCGCCCAAGGCCGGAGCCGGAGCCGCGCCUCCUACAGCCGUUGGCGAGUUCGCGGUGGUGCCGGCAGCGGAGCCGAGACCAUAUGUUGUGUCGGACCCAUACAUACUCAAAAAAUACUCGGGCCACCCGCCAUCGCUCGUCCUGCACCUGCACCCGACACACUUUCGGUUUGAUCAGCAGGACGGCAUAUUCCCAUACAAGUCACCGAUGAAGAUAUUCCUCGAGCACCUCCGGCAAAGGACAGUACCGCACGACCUGCUCGAGUAUUUCGUCCAGGGCGGUGUGCCAUUCUACGAGGGCUGCCUCAUCGUACAGGUUCACGACCACAAGUCUGUUAUCGCCCAGUCUCAGGCCAAGGACGUCGAGCGCCCCGCCUCCGCUUCCAACAACACGGUCCAGUUCUCGAUACACAACUACAACCCGUACAUCACCCCUUCGCCAUAUGCCCCGUAUCCCAAAGAUAGCUUCGGCGCAGAAGAGCCUCCGCCGAGUAGCGAUGCCAAAGGCAAGACCUCGGGCGACGACGGCGACAACGACAAGGAAAACCAGCAUAUCCCCAAUGGACUCCCCGAGCCGCCCAAGAGCAAGCCGCCACCGAAACCAAAGAUUGCGACUGUUGUGCUCCACCCCACUGCGCAGUCCUUGCAAAUGGACCUAUCCAUCAAGACGUUCACGCCAAGGAACGUCGAUGGCCGCCAGGACGGGUCCUCGGCGACAAUACCACCAUCAACGCCAUUGACAGCCAUUCCACCUACACCAACAAGCGCAAUGCCACCGCCAGCAAAGAAGCAAAAGCGUGAGCGUGCAGAGCUCGACGCAACGAAUAUCUACGCCUUCGAGGCCGAGGUGUUGCUUGCGACUACAGCCGAGUUGGACUUGGAACCGACCAGGAGCGCGGAGGAGACAAUCCGCAAACUUGAAUCCCAGGCCCAUCCUCACCAUUCACACGACCCACCUCAGCCCAAGACUCGGAAACGGACCGUUGCCGAGAUGGCGGCAGACGAGGCGGCAGCAGCAGAGCGGGAGCGGUAUAUGUUGUCGCUUGACGACCGCCUCAGCUCCCGGAUCAGUGGCAACCAAACCUCGAAUUCUGGGGGCGAUGGAGACGCGCAGGCUGCGGCAGCUGCCUUCGAGCCGCGCUUCGAGCGCUUCAAGCUCAUUGCCGAAAUUAAGCGUGAGCAUAUGGAGCGAAAUGAGCAGGAGAAGUUGCAGGCCGCCGAGGACGAGCGGAAGCUCUUUGCCCAGAAGCAGCAGCAGCUCGAGGCACAACAGCAAGCCCAAGCACAAGCCCAGGCACAAGCACAAGCUCAAGCGCAGGCUCAGGCACAACAGCAAGCACAAGCACAAGCCCAGGCACAGGCACAGGCUCAGGCACAAGCCCAGGCGCAAGCUCAGGCUCAGGCGCAGGCACAACAGCAGGCUCAGGCACAGCAGGCUCAGGCCCAGGCUCAGGCACAGCAACAGGCCCAGGCUCAAGCCCAAGCCCAAGCCCAAGCCCAACGACAAGAGCAAGAGAGGCUUCGGCGCGAGCAAGCCGCCCGCGAACAGCAACAGGUGCAGCAGGCGCAACAACAAGCACAACAGCAGCAACAGCAGCAACAGCAGCAACAACAACACCAACAGCAACAACAGCAGGCGAUGCUUGCCCAGCGUCGUGCGAUAGCUCAGCAACAGGCGCAAAACCAACCACAAGCACAGUCUCACGCCCACGCCGUGUCUCAAGCCCAAGCCCAAGCUGCAAUCCAGGCCCAAUCCCCGCCGAGCACCGCCGGCAUGGUCGCAACACCGCAUGGGCACCCGCAGCAAAACGUGCCUGUCUCGGGCGCGCUUCCUAAUGGCAUGCCAAACGGGAUGCAUGCGCAGGCCCAACCGCGGUUUGUGUCACAACCGCAGGUGUCAUCGCCCAUAGUUCGGAACAAUACACCACUGAACAUGUCGUCGCCCAUGGUUCACGGCGGCGUUGCCAUGCAAACCUCGAACUCCAACAUGGGCUCGGCCAUGGGCAGUCCGCCAAUACCGGCCUCGGUUGUUCAGACACAUCCCCCCAUGUCGGCUGCCAUGACAGCCAGCAUGUCGGCCAGGGGUAGCCAACAGAGCCACGCAGGCACGCCUAGGAUGCAUAAUGCUACGCCCAACAUGGCGCACGCGACGCCCAACAACCGGCCGCCGCACAUGGUGCAGACACCUCGGAUGAGCCAGGCCAGCCCGCCGUCGGGCAUGAUGACGAACGCGCAAAUGUCGCAGGCCAUGCUGUCGAUGAACAACCAGGGCAUGGCGGCGCCGCUCCAGAUACAAAACCCGCACCUGGCGAGCCAGAUCGCCAUGGCGCAACAUCAACAGCGACUGCAGCAACAGCACCAGAGUAACCAGCAGCAACAGCACCAACAGAUGCCGAACGCCGCCAUGGUUAACGGCAUGAUGAACCGACAGCCCAACGGGCAGAUGACGGCGCAGCAGAUGCAGCAGCUGCUACGGCUCCAGCAAAACCCCGCGCUGUUUGCCCAGUACGCUCAACAGGUCAACAACAUGUCGCAGCAAAACAUGCAGCAAAAUCUCCAGCAGCAGAUGCACGCUGCUCAGCAGGCGGCAGGCGGCAACAUGCAAGCGGGCAUGCAACCGCAGAUGAUGCCCCAGAACAUACAACUCAACAACAUGAACCCGCAGCAGAUAGCCAUGCUCCAGCAGCGUAUGCAGCAGAUGGCGCAGCAGCAGCGCAUGCAGCAGCAACAUCAGCAGCAGCAACAACAACAGCAGGGUCACCCGCAAAUGACACCGCAGAUGCUGCAGCAGAUGGCGCACAUGAACCAGCAGGCAGCGGCGGCGGCGGGACAGCAGCAGAUGCCCAGCGAGAUGCAGCAGCAGCUGGUGGCAAUAUCGCGGAACAUCUAUCAAAAGAUGCUACCGAACUUGAUCCAGCGACAUGGCGGGCAGGAUAACAUUCCGCCCGAGACGCUGCUCACGUUUAGGAACUCGUGUAUGCAGCAGGCUAGGGCUCAGCUCAACAACAGCAUCCACGUGAGGAGGCAGCAGCAGCAGGCGAUGCUCCAGCAGGCGCAGGUGCAGGCGGCGAUGCAGCAGCAGGGCAUGGGUGGCAUGAUGCAUCAGGGCAUGUAGGGACAUCUUUGGUGACCUUGCUUUGCUGAGGCGGGAUGGUUGCGCAAAGGUUGUCGCUCCAUGCAGAUGCGGCCUCUUUAUUAUUAUCCUCUUUAUUAGGAGGGUCUCGCAUUCCUUGCUCUACCCGUCGUCGCUCCUGAAACUUCACCUUUCAGCGCUUUCACGUUUCUUUUUCUUCCUCUUUUUUUUCCCCGUCCGUAUUCUUUUACUUAAUGCGGUAGGACAGGAUUGUUUGUAUUCCACGUCUUGCCUACAUAACGCUACGACACGGGUCUCGAGACACCCUCUGGGACGGCGCAAGAAGCGAAAGAAAAUCAGCGGAGUAAAUGUUUGGAAGGCGUUUUUUUUUGUUUUUUUAUUACCUAUUCUUUGUUUUGGCGCUUGGCGGCGGGAAUCGUGAGAUGGCACCAAGGAUAUCACUUCACCUUCCUCCCUGCGCUCUCCCCAUCUCUCUGGCUCUUGCCACCCUUUGUUUUUCUGUUCCUGCACCAGGGACACGCUCUGGUUUUAUACCCUCGGGCUCAAGGAAAGAUGGAUUGCGUUUUGUACAUUGUUUGGCAUUCUUUACGCUUUCCUCCUUAUUUACACCCCAUGUCCAUUGGUUCUACCCACGGCUCCGGUGGUCUCUCCUCGGUGCUCUGCUUUCCCGACAGACCUCACCGUGUCUUGUUGUUGGCUUGCGGUGAACACAAAUAUUUGAUAGGCACGCACUUCGUCUCUUGACCCAGCGUUACAAAGACAGCCGCCCUUUUUUUUGAUAUCAGAGAACAAUAUACAGGAAGCGCAUUGCGGUGGCGGAGUUUAGCAUCCCAUUUUCUGAUUUCCUUGACCUGAUAAAUCACAGGAUAUAACGAA